AUGGAUAUUGGCCUGAGUAUAGCCAAUAGCUCAGGGUUUCAGCUGUCUGAGUUCAUUCUGAUGGGGUUCCCAGGCAUUCAUGAGUGGCAGCACUGGCUCUCCCUGCCCUUAGCUCUUGGUGCCAAUCUCCUCAUCAUAAUCACCAUUCAACAUGAGACCAUGCUACAUGAACCCAUGUACCAUUUGCUGGGCAUAUUAGCAGUGGUGGACAUUGGCCUGGUCACCACCAUCAUGCUCAAGAUCCUGGCCAUCUUCUGGUUUGAUGCCAAGGCCAUCAGCCUCCCUGAGUGUUUUGCUCAGAUCUAUGCCAUCCACUCUUUCAUGUGCAUGGAGUCAGGCAUCUUCCUCUGCAUGGCAGUGGAUAGAUAUAUGGCCAUUUGUUAUCCCCUUCAGUACACUUCCAUAGUUACUGAAGCUUUUGUCAUCAAAGCCACACUGUCAGUAGUGCUCAGGAAUGGCCUGUUGACCAUCCCAGUGCCAGUAUUGGCUGCCCAGCGACACUACUGCUCCAGGAAUGAGAUUGAUCACUGCCUCUGCUCUAACUUGGGGGUCACAAGUCUGGCCUAUGAUGACUCCACUAUUAACAGGUUUUGCCAGCUGGCCUUGGUCUGGGUUGUGGUUGGGAGUGACAUGGGUCUGGUCUUUGCUUCCUAUUCUUUGAUUAUUCGCUCAGUGCUGAAGCUGAACUCUGCUAAAGCAACAUCUAAGACCCUGAAUACCUGCAGCUCCCACCUUAUCCUCAUUCUCUUUUUCUACACAGCUAUUAUUGUAGUAUCUGUCACCACCUGGCAGGAAGAAGGGCUCUCCUCAUCCAUGUUCUCCUCAAUGUGCUGCAUAUUGUCAUCCCCUCAGCCCUUAACCCCAUAG